AUGACCGAACAUCAGAAUAUAUUUUUCAAUCACUUGUUAAUUGGACCGAUAAUUUUUCACCACUGUUAUCUAUCUAUCUAUCUAUCUAUCUAUCUAUCUAUCUAUCUAUCUAUAAAACAUUUUCAUCUAUCUAUCUAUCUAUCUAUCUAUCUAUCUAUCUAUCUAUCUAUCUAUAUAUAUAUAUAUCUUAAUGAGAAGCCACUUUCUUUCUGUUUUCAUCACUUCUUUUAUUCUAUACUUGUCUCUCUCUUUCUUUCUUCAUUUCCUUUCUUCACUUAUUUUCUUUAUUUCAUCCUAUUAUUCUUCCCUUUUUUAACUUUAAUUCCUUUUCUCUCUACCUUAUGCUUUCUUUCUUUCUUUCUUUCUUUCUUUCUUUCUUCUUUCUUUCUUUCUUUCUUAUAUAUUUCCUGUUCCAAAGUUUACUCUUUUCUUGAAGUUAACUUCUUUCUCCUCUUUUUUUUUCGUUCAUUUCCUUUUUAUUUUCUUCCCAUUUUCCACUUCUCUUCCUCUUCUUCCUUCCUUCCUUCCUUCCUUCCUUCCUUCCUUCGAAGACAUCGUCAACCGACUUUCCUGCAUCGUCACUUCCAGAACUAUAAUUCCUCAUUCCAUUUCUCAUCCAUCAAUGUCCAAUUGUCCUCAACAGGAUUGACGUUGUUGUUAUUUAUUGCUCAGACACAAUUUCAGACGUUCAUGCGUGCGCAUGCGCACCCACAAACGCUCCCUCACAUGCACAAAUGA